AUGAAUAUCUCAAACAGACUUUCCCUUCGCACACGAAACACUCUUCCCCCAACUUUUACCGCCAUCAACAAAGCACCAUCACAACCUCCUCAACCAACUCCACUCUCAGCGAAAGACAGAACAGAUGACCUUGGCUCACAAAUCGUUUCCAAACUCUCACUCCUCGAUCCAUCACUAAAAGCGGCAAUCGUCACGUCACACACGAACCAAGAAUUCUAUGCUCAUAUUCUCGAUGGAGAUAAGAAAGUCAGAUAUUCGAGCAUGGGACAUCGCAGUCUUGAGGUUGCUUUGAAGGGUUUAUUGGAGCUCGUGACGGAGGAUGCGGUCAUGCAGGAUACUACCGAGGAUGGGAUGGAAGAGAGUGAGGAGGAAAAUGGAGAUGAAAAUGAUUGCAGAGACAGAGAGAUGGAUGUCGAUUAA